AUGAACAAAAUCAUGAAGUCAAAUCCUGCUCUGUAUGUGCUGAGGGAGAGAAUAAGAAAGGGUCUUCAGUUGUAUUCAUCUGAACCCACCGAGCCAUAUGUGUAUUCACAGAACUACGGAGAGAUAUUCAGCAAUCAAAUCAUACGGCUUGUGGAUGACAUAAAUGUCUACCGAGAUACCAUUCACAAAACCUUCGAGGGUAACCUGACGACCAAACCAAUCAAUGGUGCCAUCUUUAUUUUCAAUCCAAGAACUGGUCAACCAACUAUUUCUGAAGGUCAUCCACACAAGUGUAUGGGCAGGACAAAAGCGUCUAGUUUCUCAGCAUACGAAGAAUCUCCCAGAGCAUGA